GCCGUGGGGUGGGGGCCUUCAUUCGCUUUCUGUGCUCCAGGGCUGCGGGCAGUGGGACCUGCGCACCCCCAGGGGGGACUUGGAGGGGUCCUGCCAGCUUAGCGCAGCCCGCUGGGGGGCACACGGAUGUGGGGUGAGGGGUGGGUCUGUAUAGGAGCCCUCGUGGGGCUGUCCGUCCGUCUGUGCGUCUAUCCGUGCAGCUCCUUUGGAAUAAGAGCGGUUUGUGAGACGUGUAGCAGUGCUGUGGGGGGGUCCUUCCUGCCUUCUCCCGCAGCCCCCGAGAUGUGCAGCCCUCCCCUCUCCCCGCAGCCGUGUUUGCUCAGGGAAUUGGCCUCGGGCUGUAAACAGUGCUGACGUCCGUUCUGUGGCUCAUACACAUCCCAGGGGAUGGCAAUGCAGGGAUGGCUCCCCUCGGUCACCAUAGGGGUUGGGUUGGGAGGGGGAACACCCCACAGACAGACAAUGAGUGGGGAGGCCCCCGCAGACGGAUUGAGCCUCCCUGCCUGCGUCAGUGGGUGUUUGCCCACCACCCACGGGCUGCUGGGGGGGGGGAAUAAAGGCGGCUGAGCCCCGCAGCGGGGAUGAUGGACGCUGCAGUGGGAAGAUGGGCGCCGCGUGGCUCUGCCUGCUCUGCGCAGCCAGCGCCGGCCUCGUCCGGAUGGGCACUGGGGGGGAGCAACGGCUGUGGGCAGCCCCACGUCGAGAGGAGCCGGAGCUGCUCCUGCCCCGCGGGGUCGAUGCCAGAGGUGCCGGCGUUGAGGCGCUGCAGGAGGUGCUGGAGAAGCUGCGGAGCCGGGAGCUGCCGCCGACGGCCAAGAAGCCGGGCAGGGUGCCCCCGUGCCUGCUCGGGGAGCCCUGUGCUGUGCGGGUGGGGGCUCGCUUUGGGAAGCGCUGCAGCUGCCCCCCCGGCACCGCCUGCAACCUCUACAUCCUGCGGUGCGCCUAAGGGCUGGGGACAGCACGGAUGCUGCCGGCUGCUGGGAUGCGGCAGGCUGUGCCAUGUAGUGUGGAAGGGUGGCCACGCGCCCCGGCCCCCUCCCCACACGGAGAUGCGCUCCUCUCCCCUGAUCUGAGUGCCUUCACAAACCCUUGGGGGCCGCAUUAAAGCACUUUGGACCCGUUGCCUGCUCUGCUCUUUGGGGGUUUCUGUGAUGCUACCCCG